UUUAAGGAAGUAAAGGCUGAAAUGGGUAGCCUAAGGAUACAAGUGUGAUACACUAUUUGGUAAAAAUCACAGAUUGAACCACUAGUUUAUUUGUGAGUAACUGUUGAAGAUACGUAUGGCUGUUUUGCUGAGUACCACCUUAGUGCUCCUUUUAGGAGUCCAAGGUGCCAGCUGCUUAUGGACAGUAAGCAAGAUAACAGCUAAAAGUGGGGGAUCCGUCACCAUUCCCUGUCACUACCAUCGUAUUCACAAGGACCUUCAAAAGUACUGGUGCAAAGGCAAGAACUGGUCAACCUGCAUGCCAAUGCGACCUACCAACCCAAAUGAGAAGCGAACAGGCAUCAGUUUUCGCAACAUCCCAGAUGAACUGUUAACCACCAUGACAAUGACAAACCUACGCAGCAGUGAUUCUAACCGCUAUUGGUGUGCGGUGAAAAUUGGAGGCCCUCUCCAACCAGAUUUUAAAACAUUUCUAGAACUUACCGUCACUGAGGGUAUUCCAGAUCUGUAUGUGGCCAGCAACAUGGUGUCAGGUCAAGAAAAUGGCAAUGUAACUGUCCAGUGUCUCUACAGUGAAACACUUAAAGACACUGAGAAAAUGUGGUGCAAAAGUGGAAAAAUGCACUCCUGUCAAACUGCUCAGGAUAUAGAGCUGUCCCCUGAUGCAGCUGUACAAAUAAAUGAUACAAAUAAUGGAGUUUUUACAGUUAUACUAUCAGGACUGAAGAGGACAUAUUCAGGUUGGUACUGGUGUAUGGCCGGGGGAGUGCAGGCGCCAGUUCAUAUCAGUGUUACUUCAGUGCAAACCACUACGGAAGCCAACACAAGACUUUCCACAUUUACCAUGGUUCCACGGCUAUCCUACAGUCCAAGUAACUCCUUUGCUGUUUAUUCAACAACAAAAUCAUCGCCAUCAUUUUCUGAUGUACACAGCCAUAAUUCAGUAGCAACAUUCUCAUCCACAUCAUCAGAAUUACCUGAAAGUACUUCCUUUCAGACAGAUAAAACUGGCCAAAUAUCCACAACAUCACCAAAGCAGCUUUCUAAGAUACAGUCAUCAACAUAUUCAACUACAAUGGCGAACACAAAGGAGGACUCAUCUAAUUGUUGUAGUUCUAAAAGGACACAAGUAACCAGAGGAUCAGCAACUACAUUUGUUGGAAGUAAUUCUGCAAUGACCGUAUCAUCUAUAUAUCUGACAUUUGGACCCAAAUCCACUUUUGAGUGCAGAAACCUUGUUUGGGUGCUUGCACUUGUUUGUGGGGGAUUGCUUAUAUUUAUAUUUCUUGGAACUGUGUGGAUAUUGUGGUCAUGGAAAAAGGAAACUAACACAAGAGAGGAGGCAAUGGAAAUAACAACAAAGUUCCUUGCACAUGACAGAGAUGAUCUUCUAGAAAAUGAAUGGACCAGUACUUCAAUUGUCCAGUUCAGCACAGACUCAAACUCUAUUACAAUAACAUAACCUGUUCUGUUGUGAGGGUGAGGAAAAAAAAAAAAUGCAAUACAGGCUUAUUCCGUCCACUCCAUCUGUCGUCCUGGUAUUUGAGG